AUGAUCGCCGCGAGGUUCAGCACCGCCCAGGCGAAGGUGGCCUCGGCCCAGGUGGCCAAGGCCCGCCAGGCCCGUGCGCGCACGGUCGUCGUCCGCGCGGAGGGCGAGGCCCCUGCCGCGAAGAAGGAGGCGCCCGCGCCGUGGACGCCCCCGGCGCUCGACCCCAACGCGCCGGCCCCGAUCUUUGGUGGGUCCACGGGCGGCCUGCUGCGCAAGGCCCAGGUCGAGGAGUUCUACGUGUGCUCGUGGGAGGGCAAGAAGGAGUGCAUCUUCGAGAUGCCCACGGGCGGGGCGGCCAUCAUGCGCAAGGGCCCCAACCUCCUGAAGCUCGCGCGCAAGGAGCAGGCCAUGGCCCUCGUUACCCAGCUGCGCACCAAGUUCAGGACCGACGGCACCAUCCACAGGGUGUUCCCCAACGGCGAGGUGCAGUACCUGCACCCCAAGGACGGCGUGUACCCGGAGAAGGUGAACAAGGGCCGCACGGGCGCCAACCAGAACGCCCGGCGCAUUGGCCAGAACACCAACCCCGCGGCCAUCAAGUUCACCGGCAACGCCCCCCAGGACCUGUGA